AUGCCUUUUAUUGGUCUUGGACUCUAUCAAGCAGAUGCUAAUCCAUGGACAGUUCAACUUGUUAAAUUAGCAGUCAAGGAAGGUUAUCGCCUUUUUGAUACAGCUCAAAUAUAUGGAAAUGAAUAUGAAACUGGAAAAGGUUUAAAAGCAUCUCGUAUUCCACGUCAACAAUUAUUUAUAACAACAAAAGUUUAUACAACAGCAGGUGGACGUUCACAAGUAUUACGUUCAUUUGGAGAAAGUCUUCAUCAACUUAUGGUUGAUUAUAUUGAUCUUUAUUUAAUUCAUGCUCCACAAGGUGGUCAUGUUCUUGAAGCAUAUCAUACAUUACUUGAACUUCAAUCACAAGGUCGAAUACAUUCAGUUGGUGUUAGUAAUUUUGAUGUUCAACAUUUAGAAGCUAUACGACGAUCUGGUCGUCCAUUACCAGCUGUUAAUCGAAUUGAAUUACAUCAAUUUACUCAACAACGUCCUAUUGUUGAUUAUUGUCGUCGAUAUGGCAUUGCUUUAAUGGCUUAUUCACCAUUAACACGUGGAUCAGCAUUAAAUGAUCCAUUUAUUAUUCAACUUGCAAGUAAAUAUCGAUGUACACCAGCACAAAUCUCACUUCGAUGA